AUGAAAAUUCUAAUUUUAUUUUUCUGUGCCAUUUCGGCAACUUUUGCUUUUGUACCCAAUUUACGCGCCAAAAAUCUUUGUCCUCCGAAUGCCAAAGCAAUCAAAAUCGAUAAAACCUUACAAGCUUUAAUUCUGGAGAAGCACAAUACCCUUCGCAAUGAGAUCGCAGGCGGCAAAAUUCGCGGAUACAAAUCAGCAGCUGCUAUGGCAGAAAUGACUUGGGACAAAGAUUUAGCGAAACUUGCCGCUAAAAAUGCCAUGACUUGCGAUUACAAUCACGACGAUUAUCAUGAGACAGCUAAAUAUCCCGAUGCGGGACAAAAUCUCGGUUUGGAACAGAUGAAGGGCAAAGAUACUACCGAUAAGGCUUUCAUUGAAGGCACAAUCGAUAAUUGGUGGUCUGAACACAAAGAUGCCAACCAAGGAGUUAUUGAUAGUUACCAUGAAAGUGACGAAGAAGUAGAUAUUGGACAUUUUACGGUAAUGGCGAAUGAAAGAAGUUACAAAAUUGGAUGCGCUGCAGUUUUUUAUGUAAAAGAUAAAUGGAACACGCGUUAUUUGGUAUGCAAUUAUGCAAUGACGAAUUUAGAUGGCAGUCCAGUUUAUAAAACGGGAAAACCUCAAAGUGCUUGUAAAGAAGGAAAAUCAAAGAAAUACAAAAAUCUUUGUAGUUCUGCUUAA